CAAGCUAAGCGUGUCUACCACACUGUAGCCGGAGGCCGGAGCAACUUGUAGAUGUAGCCCAGGACGAUCCUGCAGGUAGCUAGCAGUGCAAAGCCCUCCUAGCUAGCUUAGCUACUACCAGCUCCGAUCCUGUGCUGCUGCCAUGGAGAAUCCCUACACGAGCUUCUUCAACAGCCAUCCGCAGCACCACCGCUACUACUACCACCCCGCGCCGCCACCGCCAGCGCCGGCGCCAGCCGCCUACCACCCCUCCCUGCCUUUCUUCGCUGCGCACCGCCAGCCACCUGCUCCGACGGCGCCCGCCCCGCCCUCGCCCCCGCUCCGGGAAGCCCUGCCGCUGCUCUCCCUGGCCCCCACGCGGCAUGAGGAGCGGGAGCGCCGCGCCCGGCCACCGGCACCAGCGUUGGAGGAUUCUGAAGAGAACGGCCGGGACGAGGGAGAAGAAGAGCAGGAGGAGGAGGAGGGCCCCACCGCGAGCAGCAAGAGCAACCACGGCCAGCACCAGCGCCUGGGAGUGGGACGACAGCGAGGGUUCUUCGCCGACCUGAACGCCAGCGCGGCGGGUGACGAUGACGACCCGAUGGACGUGGAGCCGGAGGCUGCAGCCGACGGCUCCGGCUCCGGCUCCGCGGCGGCGGGCGACGACGUGACCGUGGCGCUGCGCAUCGGUCUGCCGCUGCCGGGACCUGCCGAGCUGGUCUCGGACCUCUCCUCUUCCGGCGGCGCCCGCAGGCAACAGCACCAGCACGACGGCGGCGGCGGCGAGGAGGAGGAGGAGGAUGAGGAGGGUGACGGGGAGAACGGUGGCGGCGGCGAGGAGGAAGGAACCACCGCGGCGGCGCCGCUAGGGUUCCCGUCCUCGCCGAUUGGGCGGCUCAACAAGGGGCAGUACUGGAUCCCGACGCCGUCGCAGAUCCUCAUCGGCCCGACGCAGUUCUCCUGCCCCGUCUGCUUCAAGACCUUCAACCGCUACAACAACAUGCAGAUGCACAUGUGGGGUCACGGGUCACAGUACCGCAAGGGCCCGGAGUCGCUGCGGGGCAUCCAGCCGACGGCCAUGCUGCGGCUGCCGUGCUACUGCUGCUCGCCGGGGUGCCGCAACAACAUCGACCACCCGCGCGCCAAGCCGCUCAAGGACUUCCGCACGCUGCAGACGCACUACAAGCGCAAGCACGGCCUCAAGCCCUUCCUCUGCCGCCGCUGCGGCAAGGCCUUCGCCGUCAAGGGCGACUGGCGCACGCACGAGAAGAACUGCGGCAGGCUCUGGUACUGCCUCUGCGGCUCCGAGUUCAAGCACAAGCGCUCGCUCAAGGACCACGCCCGCGCCUUCGGCCGCGGCCACGGCUUCGUCGGCGGCGGCCCUCCUGGCGCCGGGUGCGGCGGGGGACUCGACGACGACGAUGACGGCGCUGUUUCCGACGUCGAGCACGACGGUGCCGCCACGGCGGCCAGGUCGAUGUGACCGAUCCAUGCAGCUGCCAUCUAUGGAUCGAUCGAGCUCUCUAUAUUCCUAGCCGGCCGGCAGGUCAAUAUUAUAUAUACUUAUUAGUAGGCCGACCGACUGGUGCAAGUGCAAAAGAAAAUCUGUUGUACCAUAUAGUAACAGAUUAUCAAGCUGUUCUUUCAUUUUGCAGCUGCUGUAGCGCUACUGCUAUAUAGAGUCGGUUCUCUUCGUCUGCUCCGUCCUAGUUAAGUGCAGCACACGGCUCAUCCCUGGCACGAGAAAUAAAUCACGGGCAUGCGUGUGUCAACAGCUAGAAUAUGUGCUCGAUUGAUGCACAGUGUGUUAGAAUUUAUUGUCCAUUUUCUAAUAAUAUUUUUUACUGUUGAAGUUCA